UGCUGGCAAGAGGAAGAAGCAUAACAAAAGUUUUUUUGCAUUGUAAAAAGUGGAAAAUUCCACCCACAUAAAUCUCACUAACCGCAAUAUAUGGUCAAAAACCACAAUAUCACACGAUCGAUGAUUGAAUAGAGGACAAGUCGAAGAGUAUCCGUAAAUUAAACGGAAAAAUGGGGUUUUAUUAUGAUGAGCUGCCACCACAAAUGGCGUCAUAAUUCUCUUUGUUGUUGUUUUUCCCUGCACCCCAAAAAUACGUAUUAAACAAAUAUUUGUGUGUGACAUUAACCCAAAAAUGCAUCAUAUAUGGCAAUGACAUGGAAAAAUGAACAGCUAAGGACAAGAGCAGCAGCAAAACCAAAACAAAAUUCAAAGCCACAGCUGAUUUCAAGUCCUUUUUCCCCCGCCGCGUUCUCGUCAUGGAUCCACAAAAAAUCACCGAAUUGGCAAAUUUACUGCGACAAAAUGGUGAUAAAAUAUUAAGCUCAGAGUUUACGCUAACAUUAUCAGGUUCACUGCUGCGCGCUUUGAAUGAUUCGUUUACAUUGAUUGCUGAUACGGAAAUCAUUGCCGGGGCUGGGACUGGCACGACGCACCAUCAUCAUCAUAAUCGGCACUCGCAUCACCACCAGCAGCAUCAGCAAACCUUUCAGGUGGUCAAACCCAUCAAUGCCAAGUCCAGUGUCUUCCCUGAUCUGCAGCUGCUGCAUGACUUUGUGCAGAAAACAGCGCUGCUAAAGUUAACAUAUUUCCCCAGCGAACUUUACUUUGAGGGCGCUAUCGAUAUAGCCAAAUUUCGGGCAUUGCGACGCCUGGAAGUGCACAAAAUCAGCAUUAAUCAAGUGGUGGGCAUUCAGCCGCUGCGUGGACAACUGCAGCAUUUGAUUUGUGUGAAGAGUCUGGCCAGUGUGGACGAUAUAAUUACCCGGUGUGGCGGCGACAAUUCCAAUGGAUUCGUGUGGAACGAACUGCAAACGGCAGACUUUAGCUACAAUUCGUUGAGGAGUGUGGACACUGCGCUGGAGUUUGCCCAACAUUUGCAGCACUUGAAUCUGCGACACAACAAGCUCAUCUCUGUGGCGGCCAUCAAAUGGUUGCCGCAUCUCAAGACACUCGAUUUGAGCUACAAUUGUCUCACGUAUCUGCCGCAGUUCCACAUGGAGGCAUGCAAGAAGCUGCAGCAGCUGAACAUUAGCAACAAUUACGUAGAGGAGCUUCUGGAUGUGGCCAAGCUGGAUGCCUUGACCUCGUUGGAUCUAUCGGAUAAUUGUUUGCUGGAGCACUCGCAGCUGCUCCCGCUCAGCGCCUUGAUGACGCUGACUAUGCUAAAUCUACAGGGUAAUCCCUUGUCCUGCAACCCGAAGCAUCGCCAGGCCACUGCCCAAUAUCUGCACAAGAACACGGCAUCGAUGAAGUUUGUGCUGGACUUUGAGCUACUCUCCAAGUCGGAAAAGGCACUGACUGGCAGUCAAAAGUGGCGCUACAUAGGCUCCCAUCGUGUGCCCAGAAGUGGUCCGGUGUCCAUCAACAGCUCCAGGACUUCCAUCAACACCAGCGAUGGCUCACAGUUUUCAAGCUUUGGCUCGCAGCCUUCGGGUUCGAUUCGUGGCAGGGAUUACGCCUCGGAGACGGAACAGCAUCCUGCCAUGGACGUCUUGCAGAGCAGCAAAAAGCAAAACUCCAAGAAAAGUGUCAGUAAAAUCCGUCGAGCAGACAUCUCCGAAGACACCGAAGAUGUGGCAGAAGCGAGAGCAAUUCUACCCCCGCCCAAACCCCAACCAGAGCCAGAGGAAUGUGCCACCGACUCCUCGCAUCUGGAGACCAAGAAACAAAUCGAAACGCUGCGACUCACGUACGGCAAUGAGUGGCUAAAGACGGGCAAUGCAGAGCUCAUGCUGGGCAUAGAGUCGCCACAGCCCAGCGAAAAGGAGAGGAAUGCCUCGCGGCAGCAGUUCAACGAGUUUCUGGGCGAAUUCUCCGCCCCAAUGCAGGCCAAAAAGGAUGACCAGGCAGCAGGAGAACCUCUAAACGUUAGCUCCACUCCCACAAACAACAGCAGCAAGUGGGGCGCCUCCUUUAACAACACUUUGACGCCCAUCAAAACGGAGAGCCAGGAGGCUGCAAAUCAAACGCUGUACGAGACCUGUAAUGAGAGUGGAGAGACCAACUACGAGAGCAUUGCAAGUAGCACGAAGGAGCAGUCGGAGGAGCAGAAACCAGCGGAGGCAGAGCAGAAGCAGGUGGAGGAGGAGGAGGAUCAUUCGCAGGAUAAGCACAAGCAACUAUUGAGUCUCUAUGCAAGCGGAUCAAAUGCGAUAGAGGAAGAGGAACCAGUUUCCGAUAUGGAACCCGACGAGGAGACGUACAUUGUCUAUCAUGAGCACAAGCCCAGUGUGCCUUUGUUCUUGACGAUUUCUUCCAAUUUUAUACGCGAAAAGGAUACAUUGAGUGAACGCACCAAAACCAAAUGGAGCCUCAAAAUCCUCGAGUCUUGCGAGCGUUUAAAAUCAAAUACUUUACGCAUAAAUUUUGAUACGCUGCGCAAGGAUAAGCAAGAGCGUAUCUAUUGUGUGGAGAAUACAUUGUGUCAGGAACUGGAAAAGAAACUUCGGGAUAUACUCUCCCAGCGUGAUCUCACCGAAAUGAACAUCAAAAUCUAUCGCUGUGUAAAUUGUUUGAUACAAUUUUCCAUGGAACAAAAGAUCAAGCGUUAUAAGACAGAGCAGCUACGUUGUCCCGACUGUCGCAGUGUACAUGUGGCAGAGGUCACAGAUCUCUCCACAUCGCUGGAUAAAGCCUCCGCUAUGGAGGUGGCAGCCGAACCCAAACUGUCACCCGCUUUAAUCGUGGAGGAGUCGACCCCUGUGGGUGCACCACAAACCACGGAGGAAACCAAUAGCAUUGUGGCCCUCUCCAGGCUUAAAACAACCGCUAAAAACACACCCAAGCGUAGGAGUUUGAUGCAAGCCACUAAAAGUUCGGCCAAUAGCCUGAAUGAAAGCAGUUCCUGUUCGAAAAUAACCAAUUCCCAAAGCUCCUUCGACUCCAAUCAGUCGGUGGUGGGUAGCUCCAAUACAGAUCGAGAUCUGGAGUUUCGUGCGAAUGAAAGUGAUGUGGAUAUCAUCUCGAAUCCAAGCCAAUCCUCUAUCGAAGUGCUGGAUCCAAAUUGUGUGCAGAGCGCCAGUCGAAAGACCUCCGAAGAUCGUCGAAUAUCGCAGUUGCCGCAUUUGCAGGCGUUGCAUGACGAGACGCAGAGCUUUAUAGAGCGAGAAUUUGGGCAGCAAAUGAGGCUGGAAGAGGCGGCAGCAGCGGCAGCAGCAGCAGCACCACCACCUCCAGUGGUGGCCCAAGUGCAGCUAACAGAGAGCUCCUCUUCGGGCUCUGUAACAGAUAGCAUUUGCACCACCUACGAGCAGCAAAAGGAGGCGAUCAAGGAAUCCUCCAAUAAUAAUCAUUUAAAGAAAGCCGAAGAGGUGGCCGCGCUGCCCUUUGCUUCCGUCUUCCAGUCCACAAACCUGCUAAUGUCCAGCUCAAAAAAACUAAUCGAGGCGGAGGCCAGCAGUGCAGCAUCAACCGCAUCUGGCGUGCAGCCUUACAAAUUCAAUUACAGCAACUUUAACGACAUUGAUCAUCGCCUGAAGCUUUACUUUUAUCAAACGAAAUUCAAGGAGCAGGACGAACACUUCAAAUGGCUGGCCAAAGGACGCAUCUACAACGAACAAACACAGACGCUGAGCGAAGGUCUCAUAGUCAUGUCCACCUGUAAAUUGUAUCUAAUGGAGGCCUUUGCCGCGCCCCACGAUGAUGUAUCCAAAUGGUUGAGGCAGGUCGUCAGCGUCACGGUGGAUCGAUUGGUUGCCAUUGGAGUGCUGCCCUGGAAAUUGGGUCUAUCCUUUAGCCUAAGAGAUUGGGGUGGCUUCGUGCUGCUGCUGCAGGAUAUGCUAAGGACUGACAGUCUGCUGCUUUACAUGCAAGACAAUGCGCUGCCAACGCAAUGCAAAGUGCUGCAACAGUCAUCCCCCGCAUUGAAAUCUGUUUGCUCGGAGCCUGUAAAAAUGUGUGCAAUCCUCGGCAGUUGCCAGACUAGUUGUAACGAAGAGAAAGGAUUGUCCUUUGAACCUUGUCUACUCUUAAGCACCGAUUCCCAAAUGCAAAUCUGUGGUAAUGGCAAAUGGGAUUGGCUUUCAUCAAAGAGCCAAGAACUCGACUUGCAGCCAGGUCUCACGCAGCCCAUGAGCAAUCUAGUGGAUGUGGAGCGUCUAACGGAUGUGGAAUAUGUUAUCAACUUCAUAGAUGAAACCGAAAACAAGUGCGAAAUGUGGAAACUAAACUUUGAAACGUAUGCCAAUGCCGAAUGCUGUCUGAAUGCUGUAGGACAGACAUGGGAGCAGCUCUUUGGAGUGCCAUUCAGCUACGCGGGCACGUAACAUUCGUAGCUCUCUUUUUCUGUGUAUUUAAGGGACCAAUAUGUCAGACAGAAACAAAGUUCGGUGGACUAGCUUUAUUACAGUUGGAGAAACCCCCUAUAUGUUUUAGGCUGUAUGUAGAUUUUUUUUUCAAAAUUAUGGAAUGUAAAAAUGAGAGUGGAAUGGUUGGGACUUACCCACGAUACGAUAUGAAACGAUAUACGAUGUAUAUAUUUAUGAUUAUAAUUAUCCAGUUUAUGAAAAUACUGAGAAGUCUCUGCAAUAAUAAUUAAAAAA